AUGGUGUCUCCAGAAGACCACGAACCUUAUGGCGAGAAGCCAGAAUGGAGCGAUAUUUCCCCAGUGCCCCAAGAUGAAGGGUCAUUUGUCCCCAUGGCGCCGAUCAUAUACGGCGAUGAGUACAAGGAUGCCACAAACUACUUCCGAGCCAUUCUCAAGAAAGGCGAGCAAUCGAAACGUGUCCUGGACUUGACGGAGCACAUCAUACGAAUGAAUCCAUCCCAUUACACUGUGUGGCAAUACCGUUAUGACACUCUUCUAGCUGUGAAGUCCGACUUGGAUGCAGAGCUGGACAUGAUGAAUGAUAUCGCAUCCAAGCACUUGAAAACAUAUCAAGUUUGGCAUCAUCGCCGCCUCUUACUCACCCACUUAAGAAAACCCCGGCCAGAGCUCGUCUUCAUAGCGAACGCAUUGCAAGAGGACGCGAAGAAUUACCAUACGUGGGCAUAUAGGCAGUGGAUUUUGGCUGAAUUCAAUGACGACGAUUUAUGGGCUGGAGAAUUAGCAUUUGUUGAGAAGAUGCUAUCCGAGGAUUUGAGGAACAACUCUGCAUGGCACCACAGAUUCUUCGUUGUGUUCGAUUCCGGUGUCCGAACUGGUGACGAAGAUCGGGAAGUCGUCCUGAAACGCGAGUUGAGUUUCACCAAGGAGAAAUUAUCAAUGGCCCCGAAUAACGCGUCAGCCUGGAACUUCCUGCGAGGGGUACUUGAGCGUACUGGAACUCCAUUUUCAACAUUGGAAGGCUUUGUUAUCCCGUACAGUCGCCCACUUGACCGAUCCACGUUGCCGACGGCAAGUUCAGAGGCGCCAGUUGUUGACGUUGACUUGGAGAACCCGUUGCCAUCUCCGCAGUCACAAUUGCCUUGUCCCCAAGCCAUCGAGUUUGUGGCUGAUAUUUUGGAGGAAAAGGCGGCAGCAGGGGAUGAGAAGGAGCUGGUGAGAUCGUUUGUGGACCAAGCCAACGAGUUGUAUAAGAGUCUAGCAACCGAGUAUGAUACGAUGCGCCAAAGAUACUGGGAAUUCCGACAGAAGGAAGCUUCGAAACUCAUUGUUUCGUAG